ACGACUUUUCCGGUGCCAACCUCAAGUUCUAACUAAAAAAACUGAUGAGAGUAAAACAUCCGCCAGGCAACACCUCUAAAGAAGACUUGCUUCAAAAUAUCAACCAUUCAGAUGAGGCAGAAACGGAGAUGGGAAGUCUUUAAGGAGUCGGCCUCCUGAGUUUCAUUCUGUGCCGUGUUUAGAGCAUUUAUCGGAGGUGAAGGGAACGGUUUAAGGUGUUAAACUGCAAGUUCCCUGAUGGCGUCUGCUAGCAGAGAGAGGGAUCUGCCACCUACUCUGCCUGUCAAACAGCACAGGCGUUCCAGUAUGGAGUCGGACUCUGUUUUCAGUCCAACUGGGUUCCAGCAUCCCAGCUUGGGAUACAGCGACGUCUUCUCUCAACCCACCGACUGUCAUGCAGCCCAGUGUCCAAUUCACCAACGCUACGAUCCCUUCAAACACCAGAUGAGAUUCUUCUCUGAUGGCACACCACCACCUGUUCCAAAGAAGAGGCUAACCAGGACCCUUUCCCUUCCCGGUAUCGACCCGCCAGCACCCUGCUCGCUCUCUCCACUCUCUCCUCUGCCAAGGCAUCCUCAGAACUUUGACAAUCCCCUCUAUAUGAUGGCGCCGAUACCUGGUACUUUUAUCUCUGAAGAAAGUGAAGACUUUAAACCAGCCAGAAGUCCAAACUCCUUACCGUCCUUCUCCCAGCUGUCCUUUGCCACGCCAGAUGAAGAUCUAUUCUCCAUUUUCGGGAACUUUCAGGACCAGGAUGUUGUCUCUAAGAGGAUUCAACACCAUCAGCUGCUUUUCCUUCGCAGCAUGGCUCAGGGUGUUGAUGACCGAAGCCUCCUGGUGAAAGAAAAGGAACCUGACACAUACAAGCCUCAGGAUUUUCUGCUGAGUCAGGGUGCCAAGACAAAGACAGUUGGAGACAAGACUUACUACAGCCUGCAGAGCCCCAAGUUUCCUGGAAGGGUGCUUGGUUUGAGGGUAUGCAAAGGGACCAAGAAUGCUCCUUCAGCUCGUCGCAAAGAACGGUUGCAUGCUAAUGUGCAAGACGUCCUUGCUUAUUUUCAGCCAAGCAUAAACGAGGAAAGCCCUACCAAUGAUCUUCCCACCUCUGCAGAGUCAGACUGCAGGGCUUCUAACCCACUAGACAGAGGCAGCAAUGAGACAGUUGAGUCUCUCCUACAGAGAGGACACUGUGUGAGCAUUGAGCGUGAUCUACCGCACACCAGCCUGGAGGACUUUGUAUUGGACAGCUGCUCGUGUAAGGAUUAUGAGAGACAGGUGUGUGUUCUGCUACUGCAGGUUCUAAUGGGCUCACACCAUCUGUACAAUAGUGGCACGGCAGUUGAGCUCAGGCCCAGGGAGAUCCUUCUGGUUUGGCCCAACAGGGAGAGAAGUCAGGGGCUAGAAACCCAGGAAGGGGAUGGUCCCAGAGUCCAAGAGUUGUGGAGGAAAUAUGGCUCGCCCUGUGUGCUAGUAGUGCCACAAUCUGCUGCUUCUUCAGCCCCUCAGUCCCUGACCACCAUUAAAUACCAAAUAGGAGCCCUAAUUCAGUUCUGUCUGCGCCAGCAGGAAGGCCCCAUUGAAGCAUAUCAGUCUUUAUACCGAAAGGGGCUUCAACAUUUUACCUCUCUGCUUCAGAGUGACAGCAGCCCCCAGGUCACAGACAUUAUAGCCAUGCUUCAGGUGCUCCUCUGGGGCCCCCAGGUGUCCGUCUUCGAACAGAAAGGCUUUUCUACAAUGAUGGUCGUGCAGAGAUGGCUGACUGUCAAACGAGCCCUGCUGGUGAUGAAGCUGGCAGAAGUAGGACUGAUUCAGGAUCAGUCUGGUCUGAAUUGGGAGGUGUUAAUGUGUCUGAAGUACCUGUCAUUCACCGACUCUGAAACAGUAGUGGGUGUGGGCACACAGCUUUGCAGCAUCCUGAGAUGAUUCUUCAGUCGGGUUAUUUUUGGACUGCAUCCUCGUUAAAGCCUUUUAGUCCCUACUUUUAUAUGGACUUGAACUGGUCUGAUAGGAUUCUGAACUUACUGAAAUAAUAAAAACUCACCAUCUUUACAAACUUUAUACCCAAAUAGUUGAGAUCAUUAAAUAAACAAACUUGUCAAAUGAUCUCAUGUAUCAUGACUUCUUUACAUGUAUUCUCUUUAGUAACUGGACAGAGAUGAUCUUAGAAUACAAGGCAAGUACUUGUAGCUUUGCCAAUUGAAAUGUGCUGCUUUCACUAAUUUAAAGUUGCCAUGAUACCAAGUCAAUGUCUAAGUACAACAUAACUGAAAGGACACAGUUGUGGCUGUAAUUUACACAGUCAAAGUUGAUCAAAAGUUAACAUGCCUCUCCACAAAUAUAAAACCACAUUCUUUCUAUAUCCAUCAGCAAGCUUCUGAUAGAAUCAUGGAUUCCAGAUUCCAUCAUUGACUGUAGACUUAAAUAUGGUUAAAAAAAAACAAAAAACGUAAUGACAGCAGGAAAAGGCAGUUGUCUAAAUUUCCAAUAUCUAAUCCAAACAGUCAUAUUUGGAUUAAGUGAUGUGGAUUAAGACCUUGAAAAAACAAAACAAAAAACAUGUUUUAAAUGGAGGUACAGUGAACCAGCUAUCAAACAUGAGAGUGGUAGUAUCAUGCUGUGAUGAUUUAAGUUUGUAUAUUACAUGAAGACCCUGAAAUAUCAAACUACCUCUUUUACAUUUACCAGCAAAACUCCAACUGGAUGAUUUAGGCUUGAGAUGAAUCUUCUAUGCCACCUCAGGCCGGUGGAAUAUUAUUUGGACUUAAAAUUCAGGUUUCUGUCAGAAAACCAAAAGGCUCCAUUAUUUCUGGCAUGAAGGAUGGCUAUAUACCCGGCCAGAUGUUGAAGUCUUUAAGUGAUUAAAAAUAAGGUUGUUUUGCUUUGCAGCAUUUUAAU